AUGCGGGACGUCGCCCUGCUCCUCGCGCUCCUGCGCGCGGCGCCGACCGCCGGCGCGCAGCCCAAGCGGAGGGGCACGCUGCUCGUGUCCCACUUUUACAACGAGGCGCUGCUGCUACCGUACUGGAUCGCGCACCACGCGCCGAUGUUCUCGAGUGCCAUCCUCAUCGACUACAACUCGACCGAUGGCUCGGCCGAGCUCGUGCGCCAGCUCGCGCCGCGCACCUGGAAGGUCGUGCCGUCGUGGGACGGCGAGUUCGACGCGGUGAACCUCGACCGGCAGGUGAAGCAGUGGGAGAUGACACGGCCCGACGACUGGCGCAUCGCGCUCACGACCACCGAGUUCCUCGUGAUGCCGGGCUUCCACGAGCUGCUCGCCGCGCUCGACCCUGGCCCAAGCGGCCACCGGGUGCUCCACUUCCACUCGCUCAUCGCCGUGGGCGACGACACGAUACCACUCAAGCCGCCAAGCGCCGAGCCCCUCGUGUGCCAGCGCGGCGUGUUCGUCGAGCCGCAGCGCGGGCUGCUCCUCGGCGGUCGUAGCGGCGGGGCCUUCUACGACCGCUUCAUGCACGUGGGUCUGGGGAGCAACUACGUGUACACGCCGGGCCGCCAUCAUAUGGGGGGCUCGGUCACGCAGGCGGAGAAUAACGCGUUCUACGACGGCGGCAUCAUCCUCAAGUACAUGUGGACGCCAUGGCCCGAGACGCGAAGCCGCAAGAUGCAGAUCGGCCACAAGGUCUCGAGCCGUGACCGCAAGAUGGGAGCCGGGGUGCAACACAACCAGAUGAGCAACAUAUCCACCCGAGCCGCCGAUGAGCGCCGCGCGGGCGCGCUCGACGGCGUCGCCAAAUACGACGGCACGGGCAAGGCGCCCACGAACGGCACUGGCGGCGGUGGCGAGCCGGCGGUGCCCGCGCUCGCGCUCGGCUUGCUGAAGCGGUGGGCGUGUGGCAAGGGCCUGCAUGAACACGACGGCGGCGCGGGCAUGACGAUCGGCCGUCGAUCCCGAAGGGUCGUCGCUGGGGGCUCGCGGACGGCCGACUUUCUAUAUGACCAGUAG